AUGUCUGACCCCAUCCAUUUGUGUGCCUGCUUCACAGGUGGAGGCUGUGCGGCUUGGUAUACCCAGGGACACGCCGCUUGCCGUGCAGCAGUGGGAGGUGAGGGGACAGUGCCUCCAUCCAUCGGUUUGAUCGCUGUGAACUAUGCGGCGAGGGCAAGGGGCGUGCAGAGGCACGACCGCGUGUUUCAAGCCAAGCAAAAGUGUCCAGAGCUGCAGCUGAUACAUGUGGAGACGGUGGGGGGGGCGCCAGGAGCAGGGCGCAAUGCCGGCAAGGUGUCUCUGGAGCGCUACCGGGCGGCCUCUCAGCGCGUGUUCUCUGCCUUCCGCCGCGUGUGCCCCGCUGUGGAGCGAGCAAGCAUUGAUGAGGCUUACAUGGACGUGUCUGCUAUGGUGGAUGCCAUGCUCUCACGCCCACCUCCUGCAGUCCCGCCUGCACCAGAUGAGCCCCGCGCCGCCACAGGUGUCACCUCCUCUGCUGCUGCCUGGGAGGAGCAGUGGAGGGCGCUGUUAGAGAGUGUGACUGAAGUGAAGGUAGGGAGUGGGGCUGAGGUGAAGGAAGGGAGUGGGACUGAGGUGAAGGCAGGGGGUGGGACUGAGGUGAAGGCAGGGAAUGAGACUGAGGCGAAGGCAGGGAGUGGGACUGAGGCGAAGGCAGGGGAUGCACCUGAAGUGAAGGGUGAGGAAACUGAGGGAGGUGGUGACGGGGGUGGAACGGAUGGGGAAGGUUUAGGGGAGGAAGGGGAGGGGAAGGAUGGGGUGCAGCAGCCGCAGCAGCAGCAGCAGCAGCAGCAGCGGGUGGGGGAGACGAAAAGAGAGCAUGCAGGGGCAGAGAGCGGAGGAUCAGCACUGGCGGUUCCCAAGGCACGGCUGGUGGUGCGGGAGGGACCUCUGGACGCACGUGACGAUGUGGAGAGGAGGCUGCAGGCAGGAGUGGUGAUAGCCCACCGCGUGCAGCAGGAGGUGCUGUCAUCGCUGGGCUACACGGUGAGCGUGGGAGUGGCGCGCUGCAAGCUGCUCGCCAAGAUGGCCUCCGCCACCAUGACCAAGCCGUUUGGGAUCACCGUGGUGAGUGAGGGUCAUGGCAAGGGCACUUGUAAUGUCAACGUGGUGAGUGUUGAGGCGAUGGCAGGUGUAUCAGGUGCAUAG